GGCUGCAACGCCGAGCCCAAGUCUAAGAAAUAAUCCACCGUCACUUUUUGGGGCCACGAAUUGACUUGUCUAUGCACUUUACGACUUUACGAAUCGCCUAAGGAACGACGACAAGUUUGGUGUCAAGACAACACUCUACCGAGCGUCACAGCUCACCUUCCGUCACCACAUAUAUCCAAUUCUUCAUUCACCAUCUCCUAUAAUCUUCACCGACCCUUGGCGCACGUAGCCUUUCGUACGAUUCAUGACACAAGCUUAGGGGCUUCCUGCUGCCUCUAUCGCCGCCUUCACAAUGCAGGCCUCUUCGGGAAUGUUAACAAAGUUCGAGUCCAAGUCUUCGAGAGCGAAAGGUAUCGCCUUUCACCCAAAAAGACCAUGGAUCCUCGUAUCACUACAUUCCUCAACCAUACAACUAUGGGACUACCGCAUGGGUACUCUCAUUGACCGUUUCGAAGAACAUGACGGGCCCGUUCGAGGCAUCGAUUUCCAUAAAACACAACCUCUCUUCGUUUCCGGAGGCGACGACUACAAGAUCAAGGUCUGGUCCUACCAGACAAGACGAUGCCUAUUCACCUUGAACGGGCAUCUAGACUAUGUUCGAACCGUUUUCUUCCACCAUGAACUACCAUGGAUCAUAUCAGCCUCUGAUGACCAGACGAUUCGGAUAUGGAAUUGGCAAAAUCGAUCGCUGAUUUGCACAAUGACUGGCCAUAAUCACUAUGUUAUGUGCGCCCAAUUCCACCCCAAGGACGAUCUCGUAGUAUCCGCAUCCCUCGAUCAAUCCGUCCGUGUCUGGGAUAUUUCCGGCUUGCGAAAGAAGCACUCGGCCCCUACCUCGAUGUCAUUCGAAGACCAAGUCGCUCGAUCGAACGCCCAACAGACGGACAUGUUUGGUAACACCGAUGCUAUGGUAAAAUUCGUACUGGAGGGUCAUGAUCGCGGCGUUAACUGGGUUGCUUUCCACCCGACAGCUCCACAUAUUGUUUCGGCAGGCGAUGACCGUCUCAUCAAGCUAUGGCGGUUUAGCGAGACCAAGGCUUGGGAAGUCGAUACUUGCCGUGGCCAUUUCCAGAACGCCUCUGGCUGCUUGUUCCACCCUCACCAAGACCUGAUCUUGUCAUGUGGCGAGGAUAAAACAAUCCGAGUAUGGGAUUCGCAGAAACGUACGGCGGUUCAAUCUUUCAAGAGGGAAAACGAUCGGUUCUGGGUUAUCGCUGCUCACCCUGAAAUCAACCUAUUUGCUGCUGGUCACGAUAAUGGUGUUAUGGUAUUCAAGCUGGAACGAGAACGCCCAGCUUCGACUGUUCACCAGAACACGCUAUUCUUCAUUACGAAGGAGAAGCAUGUUCGUUCAUACGACUUCCAGAAGAACGCUGAGAGCCCAACGCUAUUGUCCCUUAAGCGACUCGGCAGUGCUUGGGUUCCUCCACGGACGUUAUCUUACAACCCGGCUGAACGCUCGGUUCUAGUCACAUCACCUGCUGAAGGUGGUUCGUAUGAACUAAUUAAUCUUCCUCGAGAUGGUUCUGGUGCGCUGGAAGCGACAGAUUCGAAGCGUGGACAGGGCAACUCGGCAAUAUUUGUUGCUCGAAACCGUUUUGCUGUGCUCAACACAUCCACACAGACCGUUGACAUCAAGGAUCUUUCUAACAACACAGCGCGAUCCUUUAAACCCCCUAUCGGAACUACCGACAUCUACUUUGGUGGCACUGGAAACUUGCUUAUCAUCACCCCUACCGCCGUCCACCUGUACGAUAUCCAACAGAAGAAGAGCAUCGCUGAGUUAUCCGUAAAUGGUGUCAAGUAUGUUGUCUGGUCUAAUGAUGGUCUCCAUGCAGCGCUCUUGAGCAAGCACAAUGUCACCAUUGUGACGAAGACUCUCGAGCAAGUCAGCACCCUGCAUGAGACGAUUCGAAUCAAGAGCGCUACUUGGGAUGAUGCCGGAGUUUUGCUGUACUCUACCCUAAACCACGUCAAGUACACCCUUAUGAAUGGUGACAACGGUAUUGUUAGGACUCUCGACCAGACGGUAUAUCUUGUUCGGGUCAAGGGACGAAAUGUUUACUGUCUUGACCGCGCCGCCAAGCCUAAGAUUCUACACAUCGACCCAACCGAGUAUCGCUUUAAGUUAUCCCUGGUCAAACGCAACUAUGAGGAAAUGCUUCACAUCAUCCGCACGUCUAGCUUAGUCGGUCAAUCUAUUAUCUCAUACCUCCAGAAGAAGGGAUACCCCGAAAUUGCGCUACAAUUCGUACAGGAUCCUACUACUCGUUUUGAACUCGCCAUAGAAUGCGGUAACCUCGAUGUAGCUGUAGAAAUGGCUAAGGAACUGGACCGACCUAAGCUCUGGACUCGAUUGGGAACUGAGGCUUUGGCACACGGAAAUCACCAAGUCGUGGAGAUGGCUUACCAAAAACUCAAGCAAUUCGACAAGCUUUCAUUUUUAUAUCUUGCCACUGGCGACCAUUCGAAGCUUGCAAGAAUGGCCAAGAUUGCAGAACACCGAGGUGAUUUCACCGCAAGAUUCCAGAACGCACUAUACUUGGGUGAAGUCGAAGAUAGGAUACAGCUAUUGAAGGAGAUCGAUUUAUACCCUUUGGCAUACACGACUGCUAAGGCCAAUGGUCUCGAAGAAGAAUGCCAGUCCAUCUUGGAGGCUACUGGUGUUACUGAAGACCAAUUAACAUUACCUACCUUUGGCGAGGGACUUAACCCCACGAAGCCGGUUGUACCGACUUACAAGGCCAAUUGGCCUACAAAGGCUACCUCCCAAUCUUUCUUUGAGAAAGCCCUUGCUAGCCAGCUAGAAGGCAUCACACUUGAGGAUGAGCCUUCAGCAGCUGCUAAUGGGUUUGGUGCAGAUGAGGCUGCAGAUGAGGAUGUCGCAGCUAAACGAAAUGGUGCUUUGGAAGCUGAAGACGAUGAAGACGCUGCUGGCUGGGAUAUGGGUGAUGAUAUUGCCCCCGAAGCCGACAGCGAUUUCGUGAACGUUGAAAGCACGGAUGCCGGAGGUGCUGGCAGUAGUGAGGCAGAUCUGUGGGCUCGCAAUUCGCCAUUGGCCGCGGAUCACAUCGCCGCAGGCUCAUUCGAGUCGGCCAUGAAUCUCCUAAAUCGACAAGUUGGGGCUGUCAACUUUGCGCCGCUCAAGCCUCGUUUCUUGGAAAUUUACUCCGCGUCAAGAACUUUCCUACCCGCAUCUGCUGGCUUACCACCCCUGGUGAACUACGUCCGCCGAACAUUGGACGAGACAGAUCCCAGAAAAGUCCUCCCCAUCAUUCCUCGAGAUAUCGAACAUCUCGCUACCAGUGAUCUUCACAGAGGUUAUGAUACGAUGAAGGCAAACAAACUUGAAGAUGGAGUCCAGAUCUUCAAGGGUAUCCUUCAUGCUAUGCUCGCGAAUACUGUUUCAAGUGAGAGCGAAGUAGCGGAAGCCAAGAAGCUAAUCACCUCAGCAAGUGAAUACACUGUCGCCAUGUCAAUUGAGCUUGCACGAAGGAAGCUAGGCCCUCCCGAUGCUGUUAACGGAAACCCCGCGCUUCUGAAGCGAAGUCUCGAACUUUCAGCUUACUUCACAAUUCCUAAGAUCGAAGUCCCCCACCGACAAUUGGCUCUCUUGAACGCCAUGAACUUGGCGUCAAGGAGCAAGAACUAUAGCUCCGCCUUAAGCUUUGCCAACCGUAUCUUGGCCAACGGAGGUGCUAACAGAAUACUUGAAAGCGCACGAAGGAUAAAAGCGCAAUGCGAGCGCAACCCUCACGACACGGUUGAAAUCGAAUACGAUCAAUUCGCCGAGUUUGAGAUUUGCGCAGCCAGCCAUACUCCCAUCUACAGUGGCACUGCAUACGAGGAGUGCGCAUUUGACGGAUCUAAGUACCAUACCAAGUACAAGGGCACUGUCUGCGCCGUCUGCGAGGUGUGCGAGAUUGGAAAACAUGGUAGCGGGCUUAAGCUAUUCGCGUAAAUGGAUAUGAUCUCUAGGAGGCGAGUUAUGAAGUAAUGAUAAUUGGUGGGUUCGGCCAGUUAUUACAUAGUUGAGAGAAAAGUUAUGACUGCUGGGCCGGGGCAGGAGCUAAAAGAUUACCUUAGAGAAGCCUGGGAUGGAGUUGUCUGAAUCAGAUAUGUUUCAUGUUGUUGAUGCCAAAAUAAAUAGUAUUUACGUCUGGAACACAAUGAGUCUAUACAACUCUAACUAUUCGCGAUAUAUAAAGUAGUCGCUAGUAGUGGAUGCAAAUAGGAAUGCCUCGAUAUAAGUAAAGGUUUGAAUUUAUAACCCCCUUUGCGCCGUUGCGUCUAUUAAUGCUCAUUUUUGUUUAUUCAUACACGCAGGCUCGUGAAGCUUUCUGAUUCCUUCGUAGAUGGUCUAGACAACUUGGCCUAGUCUAUCUCAUGUCGUGUGGUAUUAAUUUCGUUGGAAUAUACUCCCGCACA